AUGAAUAUUGAAGAUAUCAAUGAAUUAGAUCAAGAUAUUACAGGGGAGAUAUUAAAUGAUUUACUUGGCAAUAUUACUAAUUUAGAAAAGCAAGGCAAUGGGGAAAUUCAAAAUAAUGGAGAAUUUUCUGGAGUUGAAUUUGAUCAAAUUUUUGAUUUCAAUGAAAUUAAUGAAAUUAGCAUUAAUAUUGUAUAA